AGAAAGCAGAAGAAGAGAUUUGUUUUUCCGGUGGUUUAAAGACGCGCCGAGUCAAUUUCAGGUGGUGACUUGGAGCUGAUGGGGGACGAAAAAGAGACCUGGAAAGUUAAAACGCUUGAUGAGAUUUUGCAGGAGAAGAAACGCAGACGAGAGCUUGAAGAAAAGACUGACCCCAAGCGCCUGAAAAACACGGAUGAUCGGGAAUCCAAACGGGACACUCCGGAGGAAGGAGAGCUGCGGGACCACAGAAUGGAAAUAACAAUACGUAACUCUCCAUAUAUGCGAGAAGACUCCACUGAAGACAGAGGAGAGGAAGAUGAAUCCCUGGCUAUAAAGCCCCCACAGCAGAUGGCGAGAAAGGACAAGUCAUAUCACAGGAAAGAAGAGAAGCGGAAGGAUAAGAGGAGGCACCGGAGCCACUCCACAGAAGGAGCUGGAAAACACAUGCGCACGAAAGACAAAGAGAAAGAAAGGGAGAAUGAGAGGCGGAAACGACAGUGGCAAGAGGACAACAAGGCUCGGAGAGACUAUGAAAGACAGAAACGCCGUGAUCAGGCCAGGGCCCACUCCCGCAGAGAGAGAUCUGCUGAUCGGCUUCCCCCGUUUCCCCCGGCCUGCAGGGACCGACUGGAGCAGCUGGAGCGCCAACGGGAGAGAGAGAGGAAGCUCCGCGAACAGCAGCAGAAGGAACAGAGGGAGCAGCGCGAGCAGAAGGAGAGAGAGAGGAGAGCUGAGGAACGGCGCAAAGAACGGGAAGCACGGCGAGAAGGCCCCCCCUCUCACCACCGGGGUGCUACAGAGGAGUACGGAGACAAAGCCAAGCCUCGGCACCGCAGUCGUAGCCGGAGCCCUGUUCGUCAGCAGAGAGAACAAAGACCAGAGAGUAGUGAACAGCGUCGGGCAGUGAAAGAAGAGAAGCCAGAGGGAAGAGAUUUACUCUCUGAUCUUCAGGACAUCAGUGACAGUGAGAGAAAGACCAGUACAGCAGAGUCCUCUAUAGGUUCAGGUUCUGGUUCGGAGGAUGAGGAUGACGAUGAAGAAGAGGAGUCCAGCAGCCAGAGUGAAGGAGACGAAGAGGGAGAGUCAGGCUCAGACUCAGGAUCUGAUCAGAGUGCAGAUGACAUUAGUGAUGAGGAGCAAUCAGAAGGGGAGGAAGAAGAGAGAGAGAAUGGUCACCACAUUCCUGCUGUCCCAGAGUCGCGCUUUGAUCAUGACUCGGAGGAGAGUGGUGAGGAGGAAGAGGGAGAGGAAGGAGAAGAAGGGGGAGACGGGACCCCUCAGUCUCAUUCUCAAUCUGCCACACCAGAAGAAAAUUAUAUCCCAGACUCGCCUCCUGUCUCACCUGUAGAACUGAAGAAAGAGCUUCCCAAAUAUCUCCCAGCUUUACAGGGCUGUCGUAGUGUGGAGGAAUUCCAGUGUUUGAACCGUAUAGAGGAAGGCACAUAUGGAGUGGUCUACAGAGCCAAGGACAAAAAGACAGAUGAAAUCGUGGCCCUCAAGAGGUUAAAGAUGGAGAAAGAGAAGGAAGGAUUUCCCAUCACUUCUCUUCGAGAGAUCAACACCAUCCUGAAGGCCCAGCACCCCAACAUAGUCACUGUUAGGGAGAUCGUUGUGGGCAGUAAUAUGGAUAAGAUCUACAUAGUGAUGAACUACGUAGAGCAUGACCUAAAGAGCCUAAUGGAAACCAUGAAACAGCCCUUCCUCCCAGGUGAAGUAAAGACGCUAAUGAUUCAGCUGUUGAGAGGAGUUCGGCAUCUCCAUGACAACUGGAUCCUACAUCGCGACCUCAAGACCUCUAACCUGUUGCUCAGCCACAAAGGCAUAUUAAAGAUUGGAGACUUUGGACUGGCACGAGAGUAUGGAUCUCCCUUGAAACCCUACACACCGGUGGUGGUCACGCUAUGGUACCGUGGCCCAGAGCUGCUUUUGGGGGCAAAGGAGUACUCCACUGCUGUGGACAUGUGGUCAGUGGGCUGCAUAUUUGGCGAACUGCUCACCCAGAAACCACUCUUCCCUGGCAAGUCGGAGAUUGACCAAAUCAACAAAAUAUUUAAGGACCUAGGCUCUCCUAGUGAGAAAAUUUGGCCAGGCUACAAUGAAUUGCCUGCAGUGAAGAAGAUGACUUUUACAGAGUACCCCUAUAACAACCUGCGCAAGCGCUUUGGAGCACUGCUGUCUGACCAUGGCUUCGACCUCAUGAACAAAUUCCUUACCUACUGUCCUGCCAAACGGAUCAGUGCAGACGAGGCCUUGAAGCACGAGUAUUUCCGGGAAACACCGCUCCCCAUCGAGCCAUCCAUGUUCCCCACUUGGCCGGCAAAGAGUGAGCAACAGCGGGUGAAGAGAGGAACCAGCCCUCGACCCCCAGAGGGGGGUCUGGGCUACAGCCAGCUGGGUGACGACGAUCUAAAAGACACUGGUUUCCACCUGACUACGGCUAACCAGGGUCUGUCCAAGUCUGGCCCAGGAUUCAGUCUGAAGUUCUGAACCCUUGACUCAUCCCUACUCAGGUACCAGGCCAGAGCAAUGGGAAUUCUUGCUGUUUUUGUGGCGCUAACGCCAGGACUCAAUUCAAGAGAGACUCACUGAAAGCAGACCAUGAUCUUUCCCCUGAGCCUUGGUGAGACACAGACAGACUCUUGCAAACUGUUCUCCAGGGAGAUGGAGAACUUCAGAGACUUCGUACUGCUUCAUGUUCAUGUUCUUCUAGCGGUUAGAAGCCGUUAACUCAUAAUCAAAAACAAGCCCAAAUUGGGAUUCUGGCUUCAGAUGUCAACGCAUUUUAUUCCUUUUUUUUCCUUUAUGCUUUUUGCAGUCUUCAUAGAACCACUUUCUGUUUCCUGUUUCCUUUAUUUUUGUGUAAAAGUUUUAGCUUUCAGUAUAUUACGUCACAUCAGCGUUUCAUGGAUUUGGAAUUUCCAACUUGGUUUUAUGCAACUGACGAGGGACCAUUCACCUGCAUUCCCUCCUACACAAGCUAGAUCCAUAACUGUAAUGACGGGCACAGGUGACAUAAUUUUGUGAGAAAUAAAACUAUUCGUAAGUCUAUUUAUACACUUGUACUUCUGAAGUCUGAAACCUCUGGGUAUGUUGCAAACAUAUU